UCUUUCUACACCUGCAAUGCUGGAGGCUGCAAGUGGGAGAGGAUGGGAAGCAGGGAGAAAGCUCUGCUCGUACGCAGUUCUGUUUCCCUUCCAGCGGAAAAGCUGGAUGUGUCUGUAUUUCCUGUUGAAAAUAUAAGAAAUUUCAGUAUCAUAGCUCAUGUGGACCAUGGCAAAAGUACUCUAGCAGACAGGCUUUUAGAAAUGACAGGAACAAUUACUAAAACCGAGCAUAAUAAACAAGUGCUGGAUAAGUUGCAAGUGGAACGAGAAAGAGGGAUCACAGUUAAAGCACAGACUGCAUCUCUCUUCUACAGUUAUGAAGGAAUAAAUUACCUCUUAAAUCUCAUUGAUACACCAGGUCAUGUCGAUUUUAACUAUGAAGUGUCACGGUCUCUGUCUGCCUGUCAAGGUGUCAUACUUGUAGUAGAUGCAAAUGAGGGUGUUCAAGCACAAACAGUGGCCAACUUCUAUCUUGCUUUUGAAGCACAGCUGGCAAUAAUUCCUGUUAUAAACAAGAUUGACUUGAAGAAUGCAGAUCCUGAAAGAGUUGAGAAGCAAAUUGAAAAACUGUUUGAUCUCCCUGAGGAUGAUUGCAUUAGGAUUUCUGCUAAACUGGGAACAAAUGUAGAAAGAGUGCUUCAACAUGUCAUCAAAAAGAUACCACCACCCAGUGCUCACACUAGCAAUCCACUGAAGGCCUUAGUGUUUGACUCCACCUUUGACCACUACAGGGGUGUCAUAGCUAGCAUUGCACUCUUUGGUGGGCAGGUUCAGAAAGGAGAUAAGAUUGUGUUUGCUCAUACAAGGAAGACUUACGAAGUUAAUGAAGUGGGAAUUUUGACUCCAGAUGAACAGCCAACUCAUAAGUUGUAUGCUGGACAGGUGGGCUAUUUGAUUGCUGGGAUGAAAGAAGUCACAGAAGCCCAAAUAGGGGACACGCUGUAUUCGCAUAAGGAGCCGGUGGAGCCCUUGCCUGGUUUUAAAUUGGCGAAACCAAUGGUCUUUGCAGGAAUGUAUCCAAUUGCCCAAUCAGAAUAUAAUAACCUGAAAAGUGCUGUAGAAAAACUGACAUUAAAUGAUUCCAGUGUAACUGUUCAUCGCGAUAGUAGUGUUGCCUUAGGAGCUGGAUGGAGGUUGGGGUUCCUUGGUCUUCUACAUAUGGAAGUUUUUAACCAGCGCUUAGAGCAAGAAUAUAAUGCAUCUGUCAUUUUGACUGCACCGACUGUUCCAUAUAAAGCUGUUCUUUCCUCAGCGAAACUGAUAAAGGAAUAUGGUAAAGAAGAGAUUAUUAUAAUCAACCCUGCUGAGUUUCCUGAUAAAAAUUCCGUCUCAGAAUAUUUGGAGCCAACUAUUUUGGGUACUGUCAUAACACCAGAUGUAUAUAUGGGAAAAAUUAUAACUCUGUGUCAGGCUCGCAGGGCCGUUCAAAAAGACAUAAUAUACAUUGAUGAACAGAGGGUUAUGCUGAAAUAUCUCUUCCCACUGAAUGAAGUUGUUGUGGAUUUCUAUGACACACUAAAAUCCUUGUCUUCUGGAUAUGCUAGUUUUGAUUAUGAAGAUGCAGGAUACCAGGCUGCAGACCUUGUCAAAAUGGAUUUUCUUUUAAAUGGAAACACUGUUGAGGAACUUGCAACUGUUGUACACAAGGACAAGGCAUAUGCUGUUGGUAAAGCCGUAUGUGAACGUUUAAAAGAUGCUAUUCCUAGACAGUUGUUUGAAAUUGCCAUCCAGGCUGCUAUUGGCAAUAAAAUUAUUGCAAGAGAAACGUUGAAAGCUUACAGAAAGGAUGUCCUGGCAAAAUGUUAUGGUGGAGAUAUUUCAAGAAAAAUGAAGCUUUUAAAGAGACAAGCAGAGGGAAAGAAGAAGAUGAGGAAAAUUGGCAAUGUGGAAGUGCCAAAAGAUGCCUUUAUAACUGUCCUAAAGAGACAAUCUGACAAAUAAUUGGAGACUAAUAAUAUACUUUAAUUUAAUACCUGUGGGGGAAUGUGUGUGCAACUUCCAUCUAGUGUACUUGAUUUGUAAUACGAAAUGUUGUACCUGCAUAUUCAGAGAUACUGUUGUAAUCAUGUAUAUAUAUUUUUGUAAACUACAGUUCAGUUUUUAUUACCAGGUGCUACUUGAUAAUAUGUACAAAUGCUUGUAAAUGGUCUUAGGAAAUUAAACUUGAAUGAUUGAUGAAAACUAAAUAUUUUUCCACAUAAUUUUUAUUAAAAUUUUAUACUUUCCAAUAUUUGAGUAAAUAACUCAUUCUAACACCAUGAAUAAUACGCUAUGUCUAACCUUGUGGAAACCUCUUGUGCCUGAAAGAACCAGGGCAGUGCAUCAUACAAUUGUAUAAAAUAGAAUUCUAGUAUAUUAACUGUCAUCGCAGCAAGGUAAUUUUCUUAUUGAGAAACUUGUAUUGAAUAGUUACCUCAAAAUAAUUAUUGUCCAACUUACUUGCUAAAAGUUGCUAUUUUCAGCUAAUAGUACAUAUGUUACAGCAGGAUGUGGUUAAGUAGUUGGAGGAUUUUAAUUUUAGUGUUUCAAAUAGUAGAUAAAAAGAACAUGCAAUCAAGUUCCUUAAAUCUGUUAGUAUUGCUCAGCUGUUCUUCUGUUCAGCCCAAUUACAGAUUCAGCAAAAACACCAGGGCCAGGUUAUUCCUUAUCUGUAUUAGGAAGAACCUAAAACAAGAGUCAGCAGCCUGUACCUGCCAAUGCUAGGGGCUGCUUGCUCUGGGCAACAGGGAGAAGCAGCCAAGGUAGGGGUAGGCAACUCCUGGCAUGUCUGCCGGUGUGUGGCACACAAAGGCAUUUUGCUUGGCAUGUGUGCUAGGGGCUGGGUUUAUGCUGCCACAACAGGGAUUGGGCCACUUAUAACUCCCAUGCUGUCAGCCCCUGGCACUCCAACAUAUUACAAGUCAAGAUUACAGGUGUUUUUUACAUUCUGCCUAAAUAUAUUGCUGAUCCCUGAGCUAAGGCCUUUUAUACUAUUCAAUACAGGGAUAUAGGGUCAGUUCUGGACACAGAUCUUUUUUGGAGUGGUUACUUCUCUAACAUACUAAGUAUAGAUCAGGAAACAUACUCAUAAAAAAAGCUACAGGAUUGGUAUUUCUGAAGAGAAGCUUACCUUUGAUGAAGAAAUGCAUGUACAAAUGUUUUUACCCAGAUUAAAUGUAAGUAAGAAACUGGGGAUGGGCCAACUACUUGAUCCAGGAAGAUUAAAAAUAGCCUGGUUAGGGUUAGUGGGCAGGAGUAGUACAGGCCCAGGGGUGGCGAGGGGUUGGGCUUUCCCAGCCCAAGGGCUGUAUUGUGAACACAGGCAUUUGCUAGAUCAGGUUAACCCUUUGGAGAGCAGGUGAAUUAACUUUUAAGGAUAACCUCCUGGAAGCGAACUAAUUUAGAUCAGACACACUUUUUGGGGCAAUUUAAAGCCCUGUUAAUGGCUGCAGGACCAGGCAUUGAAGUCCAUCUAACUUUGUUUAGGUCAAUAUAAAUGUAACAUUUGUACAUAUCCCAGAUCAUCACUGAACCGGAAGAAGAUUUCAGACACAGGUAAUGUAAGAAGAAAGAUGAGAACUGCCAAGAGGUUGGAUGGAGUUGGACCUUAUCAAAGCUAUUAAAACAACUGUCUUAGUGAAUGAAGUGCGCUUAUUCUAUAACAUAAUCCAGCUAUGGUCUAAGCACUAAACAGAUGCUUCCUUUUUUGAGACAGAAGGUUUCUAGUAAUUGAUGUUACUUAGAACAAGGUACAAAGGCAAGUUCAUGCAGAGGACAAAUAAGAUUGAAUGUGGGAUUAAAAAAGGGACAGAGUGGCCCUCUAUAAAUCUUUGCCCUGUGAAAAUAGCUAUUCCUGCAAGAAAUGCAGAAGCUAGUCUUUAUUUCCCUCCUGAAAAAUUUUAACUAAAAAAAGUUCUAGAAGGGUCCCACUAAGUCUCUGUGGGUACAUCUACAUGUUUAUUAAUGCACAGUAGUUACUGUGCAUCUAAUUUAGGACUUGCUUAAUGAAGGACUAAGAAAAUGCACAGUAACUAUAGAGUUACUGUUCAGUAGUGCUGGCACAUGAUUUUUUAGUGACAUUUACUGUAAAGUAGCAUAUUAACAUGGUUUUUGCCUGGCAUGCUACUGCAAAGUAUUAUUAGGCUACUACACAUGAAGUGCUUUGUGUAGACACACCCUGUAAGGAGUAUGUGGAAAUGAAUUAUAAGGAUUAUAUAGUGUUCCUACCUGCUGCAUAGCCAUUUGUUACAGCUUGCUUAUUUUUCUAUGUUAUUACUAGUUUCAGAAUACAUUUAUUGCAAGUUUGGCUUCAGGCUUGAGGGAAUUUAACUUUGUAUUUGAGGCUGGUGACAUUUCAUUUGAUUUUUUGACACUAGUAAGACUUACUGUGUUUCCCUACUUGUACUUAGUGGCAGCUUCCUGCUAAAGGACUAUUCAGUAAUAAACGUACCUGUGUAUGACAUGUUUGUAGUUAAGAAAUGCUUUCAAUUUAGCUUUCAAGAAUGUAAUUUUCACAAGCAAAUGUUUUAUAAAGCAUGAAAGGAACACAAAAAGAACACUGAAUACUUUACUUUUAAAGUUUGUGUGUAACAUACAGCAGGUUUGUGUGGGGACAGGUACACAGUGGGUGCAUCUACACAUGCCAUUGGGGGCAGCAAUAAGACUACAGAGCUUAUUGCUCUGCAGUUUAUUGCUCCUUGGCAUGUGGUUUACAUGUGCAUCUAGACUGCAACACAUUGAGGGAGCCCAGGGACUGCUCUGACCAUGCUCAACCUGCUGUAAAGGAGGUACUUGGAGCAUGAGGGUGCUUAAGUAUGGGCCUAGCUGGCUGGCAGCCUGUGGACUGAAGCACCCUCCUGCCUCAGCCAGUUGAUGUGUGCGCUGCUGCAUGUAGAUACUGACAAGAACUCUGCAGCAGGAUAGUACUUGCAUGUACAAGCUGCAGAGUUUAUUACUUUCAUGUACCCUAAUAAGGGCACAUGAGUUGACCUUGAGAAGUCUACUAUGCAAUUAAAUUGGUCAACUGUGCAGUAAACAUCUUGCAUAGAUCCACCCAAUGGCAGAUAAUACAUGGAGCAGAGGAUCAGAUUAGCUAUGGAGCACAAGGCAGGAAGCAGAAAGCUGAGCAGGUUGGGUAAGGGAAAGGGACUGAAGUGGCACUUUCCAGGAAGAGUGUGGGGCUAGUAUGUGGUAUGUCCAGCAAAAAGGCUGGCCCCCACAGAUAUUUUUAUACUAUGUUUUUGAGAAGCUGGCCUGGGAUGAGAUUAACUGCCCUCUUAGCUAGAGAACAACAGUAUCCUUUCACUACAACUCACUGAAAACUAGUCUGCUCUUUAGUCCCCCUUUACAUUCAACAAAAUAAAAGUUUAGACAUUUUUGGUUUGUGUACGUAAGCUUUACUUGGAGCAAGAAUGUAGAGUGUUCAACAAUUAUAACAAUACAAUGCAAAAUAGCUAUCCUACUGCAAAAGUGGUUCAGUAACAGAUGUCAUUGUAUUAAAACAAGUCUCUUUUGUAGACUAUUACAUUAAAUAAUUGCAAAGAGGUUAUAUUAUCACAUCACUGAAGCAACUAAAUUCUUGUCUUAAAAAAAAAGAAACACUUAACAUUUUUCCUCAUUUACAAAGCUCAUAAUUACUAACCAUAUAAAAAUGCUAAAUUAAUUUGUAACAUGUAACAAAGAAAAGUGCUAUGGCAGAAAUCUGAUAUGUACAAAAUUGUAAAAUAAACUUUUUGAAGGGGGCAGCUGCAUUUUUAGGCACCAUUUCCAUGUUUGUUUGUUUUGUUUUUUUUAUUUGCCUGAAUUUUGUGCACUAGUACUUACUCUAAUUGCUCUUGGACAGCUCGUAAGAUAAAUUUAAGGCAACCAAGUGCAAAAGCUCAGUGUGCAUUUGAGAUAUGUAAACAGCAUUUCAUAGUAAAAAAAGUGUGCAAUUUACAAGUCCAUACCAGUUGACAAUGGAGAGGCCAAAAAAAAAACCAACCUGUUUUGCCUCUAAAAACUA